UUUGUUUUUUUUUUCUUUUCUUUCCUUUUUUUUUUCUUCUUUUGUUAGUGAUUUGUUAUAUUUGAAUUAUAAAUAAUGUCUGCUGCCAUUAGACGCCAAGUUAUGAGAGGCCUUGUCUCUACUACACGUAUUACAACUAAAAGAAUGACUCCCGUCCUUAUUAAGCACGUCUCAGCACGCGCUUUCACUUCAACAAGUGCUCCUAGAUUUAUUGCCCUUCGUGCUUUGGGUAAUCAAGUUUCCACUAAAGAUAUCAGACUUUAUAGUUCUUCCUCUUUUCCUAGUCACAAUGUUGUUGCUAUGCCUGCCUUAUCACCUACUAUGACCGCUGGUGGUAUUGGUGUAUGGCAAAAAAAGGUUGGUGAUGAAAUUCAACCUGGUGAUGUUCUUGUAGAAAUUGAAACUGAUAAGGCUCAAAUGGAUUUUGAAUGUCAAGAUGAAGGUUAUCUUGCAAAGAUUUUAGUUGAUACAGGUGCUAAGGAUGUUGCUGUUGGUCAGCCUAUCGCUAUCUUUGUUGAUGAUGCUGAAAGUGUUACUGCUUUUGAAAACUUUACUCUUGCUGAUAUUCAAGGUAACGAACCUGCCGCCGCUACUUCUGAAAAACCUAAAGUAGAAAAAGUCGAAGCACCUGCUGCUUCAAAUGAUACUUCCAAGAAUGAAUCUACUCCUGUUGCUUCUCAUAAUGGUCGUGUUCUUGCUAGUCCUCUUGCUAGAAAACUUGCUGAUGAACGUAGUAUUGAUAUUUCUCAAGUUAAGGGAUCUGGACCUCAAGGUAUUAUCUCUAAGGAAGAUGUUGAAAAUUAUAAAGCCUCUGCUGCUUCUUCCAAGGUUGCUACAUCUAGUGCCCCUGCACAAAUUCCUACUGCCUAUGCACCACAAAAUGCUACUGGUGAAGCCUAUAAAGAUAUUCCUACAACCAGUAUGAGAAAGAUCAUUGCCGAACGUUUAACUGAAUCUAAGCAACAAGUUCCUCACUAUUAUUUGACUGUUGAAAUUAAUAUGGAUAAGACCAACAAGUUACGUGAGGUUCUCAACAAGUCAGCUGAAGGCAAAUAUAAGCUUUCAGUGAAUGACUUUGUUAUCAAGGCCUCUGCUUUGGCUCUUAAGUCUGUUCCUGAAGUGAAUGCUGCAUGGCAAGGCGAUUUUAUUAGACAAUAUAAUACUGCUGAUAUUUGCGUCGCAGUUGCUACACCUUCUGGUUUAAUUACACCUAUUGUCACAUCAGCUGAAAGCAAGGGAUUAUCCACCAUUUCAUCUCAAGUCAGAGAUUUAGCUAAGCGUGCACGUGAUGGUAAGCUAGCACCUCAAGAAUAUCAAGGAGGUACCUUCACUAUUUCUAAUUUGGGUAUGUAUGGUAUCAAUAACUUUACUGCCAUCAUCAAUCCUCCUCAAUCUUGUAUUUUGGCUGUGGGCGGAGCACAACAAAAGGUUGUUCCUGAUGAAACAUCUGAAACUGGUUUCUCUGUUCGUAAUGUUAUGGAAGUUACCUUAAGUGCUGAUCAUCGUGUUGUUGAUGGUGCUGUUGGUGCCACAUGGUUGCAAUCCUUUAAGAGCUUUAUGGAAAACCCCCUCAAAAUGUUGUUGUAAAUAAUAAGGAAGUGGACCUAAAAUAAAAUAUAACUUAUAUACACUAUAUGAUGUUGCUGUUUUUUGUUUAUGUUUAUGUACUGAAAUAAUAAUAAACAGGAAAGAGAGGUUCUGAUUUUAGACUUUUUUUUUAAAAAAAAAAUGUAUAUAGUAUUCAAUAAGGCUCUAAUAUACUGAAGAGUCUAUAGUAUUUGCCCUAUUUUGUAAAACCUUUCCCUCCAUUUAUGGAAUCAUAGCUGAUAAUAAA